CAAAAAAAAAAAAAAAAAAAAAAUUCUUGGCACAAAAUGAGGCGUGGAGUGCCUAUAAAAAGAGUGAGUGACACUGACUUUACAGCAUCUCAACAUCCACUGCGGAUGCUACACGAUUUUAGAGGACACGAGCUUUAUCCUGACCACAGAGAUGAAUUGGAUCCUAGGCCUCCUGUCUGUUGUUCUUUGCCUUUGCUUGCCAUGCCAAGUCAACUCUGAGCCUCGUUUGAGCAGGAGUCUGAUUGAAAAGGCUGUGCUUGAGGCAAAGACCAGCGUGGACGCAACGUAUGGCUACUCCAGAAGAGUGAGCCUGGAUCGCGUGAGGAGAAAUGCAGCACUUCCUGACAUCAUCCGGCUUAUGAAGCAGCCUGUCGGACAGACCCGCAGUGCUGUUCGAGCUGCUGACUACAUGAAUUAUGCUGUGAACUGGCUCACCGACAACCUGGAAAGACGCCAUAAACGAUCCAUCAAUGCCACUGAUCUGAUUUCCGAAGAGGAUCUGCAUGUCCUUGCGUCUCUGACAGGCUGCACCGCUCGUGAACGCCCCCCUCCAUGCAGAACGACUCCCAGCUUGAACCAGUUUCGCCCAGCAACCAGCUCUUGCAACAACAGGGAAAACCCUCGCUAUGGAGCUUCCAACAUACCUCUAGUCCGCUGGCUUCCACCUGAGUAUGAAGAUGGAGCCACUCUGCCCAGGGGCUGGACUCCCGAUCUGAAAAUCAACAAUCAACUGCUCCCCUUGGUUAGAGAAGUUUCCAACCACAUCCUGGCAACUGCUAACGCUGACGUGUUGAAUGACACACUUUACACCCACCUUGUGACCAUCUUCGCCCAGUGGACUGAUCACGACCUGACCCUCACCCCAUUGUCUCCUUCCAUUCGUUCAUUCAGUAACGGAAUAGAUUGCGACGAGACCUGCGAGCGAACAGAGCCCUGCUUCCCCAUCAACAUUCCCGACAACGAUCCACGCUUUGGCUCAAAUUCACAUGAGUGCCUGCCCUUCUUCCGCUCAGCGCCAGCCUGCGGUUCCGGCAACACUGGAUUCGUGUUCGGUGCCAGAACCAUCCGUCAGCAGAUUAACGCGCUCACAGCCUUCCUCGAUGCAGGUCAGGUUUACGGUUCAGAGGACAGCAAGGCCCGCAACCUCCGAGAUCUCACUAACGACCUGGGUCUGUUGAGGGUCAACACUAGAUUUAAUGACAACGGCCGUGAGCUUCUGCCCUUCUCCGGCAUGAACGCCAGCAUGUGCGCGACUCGAAGAAGAAUUACCAACGACAACAGUGCCGAGGAGGUGCCAUGCUUCGUUGCAGGUGACGAACGCGUCGACGAGAACAUCGCCCUGACCUCUCUGCACACACUCAUGGUGCGUGAGCACAACCGCCUUGCCCGAGAACUGGCCAAACUCAAUCCACACUGGAGGGGAGAGAGAAUCUACCAGGAGGCGCGCAAGAUCGUGGGCGCAUAUUUCCAGGUAAUCACCUUCAGGGACUUUUUGGGUCACAUCGUUGGCCCAGACUUGAUUUCCAAGCAGCUGUCCACGUACCCCGGCUAUGAUGAGACCGUGGAUCCCAGCAUUUCGAACGUCUUCGCCACGGCUGCCUUCCGAUUCGCUCACACAAUGGUUCACCCUACCAUGUUCCGUCUUGAUGAGAACUACAAGAACCAUCCUGACUAUCCCAGCCCACUGCUCCACCAGUCCUUCUUUGCACCAUGGAGGGUCGUCUUUGAGGGUGGUUUGGACCCACUCCUGAGAGGGCUGGUUGGUAGCCAGGCCAAGCUGAACACUCAGCAUGGAGUGAUGACCGAUGAACUGAGGGACAGACUUUUCAAAUUCUCAAUGGACCUGGCGCUGGAUCUGGGUGCCCUGAACAUGCAGAGAGGCAGAGACCAUGGAAUCCCCGGCUACAACAAAUGGCGUAAGUUCUGUGGCCUCUCACAGCCACGCAACAUGAAAGAGCUGAGUCACGUGCUGAAAAACUCAAAGCUGGCUAAGAACCUGCUGGACCUCUAUGGCACUCCUGACAACAUUGACGUGUGGCUGGGAGGUGUGGCUGAGCCAUUUGUGCCUGGAGGAAGAGUGGGACCCCUGUUUGGCUGCCUCAUUGCCACUCAGUUCCAAAAGAUCCGUGAGGGAGACCGUCUUUGGUGGGAGAACGAGGGUGUCUUCACUGCCGAUCAGAGAGCCUCCCUGAGAGAGACAUCCCUGGCCCGAUUUAUCUGCGACAACACUGGCAUCACCGAGGUCCCCGAAAAACCCUUCCUGUUCAGGCCUCGAGGGGACGGCUACACCCAAUGUGACGACAUCCCUGCCUUUGACCUUAGUCCAUGGAGGGAGGAUUUGUCAUCUCAGGAAUCAUCAGGAUCUCAGGAGACAUCAGAUCAAGGUCCUCGCGGACCCCCAGGACCACAAGGGCCCAGAGGACCCCCAGGACCCCAGGGACCUCCUGGCAGCGGACCUAACGUGGCAUUCUCUGUACGACUGGGCAACAACUUCCCCAAACCUGGCUCUCCCAUCACCUUCCACGAUGUCAUCUACAACGGACAGAACAGCUAUGACACCAAGACAGGGAUCUUUACUUGCGAGCAGCCAGGUGUUUACGAGUUUGAGUUCCACUGUACGAUCAACCACCUCGCUGCCAGUGUGGAUCUGCUGCGUAAUGGAAAGCUGAUCCUGCACUCUUAUACCACACAGCAAAGCGGGUACAUCACAGCCAGUGGAAGCACAUUCAUUAAGCUUCAGGAAGGAGACCAGGUCUGGCUUGUGGCUAACCAUGGUGGCAACGGUCUGACCAGAGAUAGUUUCUUCUCAGGGCACCUGUUGUUCACUGAGUAGGAGAGUUCAUGACACACAACACUGUCAAAAAAAAAAAAAGUUUUGAUCACUAGUUUGAUUGAAUGCACAUGGGGUGUAAUAAAUCUUUAUUAUUUUUUUAUCCACAAAAAAUUUUUAUCCACAAAAAGUAGCACUCCUUUUUCAGAUUUUUUUGUCUCUGUAAUAAUUCUUUGUUUGUCAGUUAAUUGGAUUAAAAGCCCAGAAAUAUAAUACCACCUUGCUUAUGUGAGUCUUGCUGACAGAGCAUGUUUAAAAAGCCAUUGCUAUGAUACCUGCACUGUUAAUGUCAAAUGUACUGAAGGGCUUAUUCUACAUUUAAUUUUAUUUCAAUAUCUUUUUGUAUUCUGUUUUUUUUCUUCCUGGUAACUCUUUUGAUCUUUCAGAAUUGUGACAAGUGAUUGUUUUGCCUCUUUGGGUCACACUGGUUUGCUGUGUGAGAUUCUGAGCCACUUUAAUUUUAAUAAAUGAAAAUUGCACUGUC